AUGUUCUCGGAAUAUGCUUCGCGAUUCCUGGCUCAGUCACAGUCGCGGGUAGCAGCCCGCCCUGAUGAGCUCCAAAGGACUGGGCGUGGCCGCCCAAACCAGCAGAGUAGCUCGCGUCACCCCUCCUCGCGCUCCUUCUUACACAGAGCCGGCGAUCCCUAUCGACCGGGUGCGUCCCAAGUCUCUAACUUCCCUUUUGCUUCACGGGCAGCGGUUCAACCGGCCCCUCUUUUCUACAGCGCCACGGAUGAGUUUCGGGAAGAAGAUGACGAGACAGAACGAGAACGGGAGAUCGCGGAUUUUUAUGCCUUGCAACGAUCACGGCGGCAUUUCGGCGAUAGCAACUUGAAGGAUUCCUCAGAACUGGAAGAUGACUCGGAACGAUCGACGGGACUGGAUGAAGGAACCUCGUUAUACGAUGAUCGCCCAGGUCAUGGAAAUGGCAUCAAGAGUUCGUGGCGUGGCGAGAAGAGCGUUCCUGCCGCACGACAGUCUCGCAUCGCGCCUGUGGAGGAGGUGGCGGAGAACGAGCUUGGAUAUCGCGCGAACUCCAACAACAGGGCCAGGGGUAAUCUGGUUGAUGUUGGGCUCGAGGAUUCCCUAAGGGCCGACCUUGACGAACCCGCCGACGAUCCACCCAUUCAACGGUUUCGGGAACGACCUCCUGUCGGAGAGGAUACUUUUAAAACCGCCGAUUCCCCAGAUCAGGAUGCAGCAUUUUCUUCCAGUAUCCCUCGACCGUCCAGCUCAACACACUCCCUCCCAGCAUCGAUAUCGCCCCUCGCGUCGGAAUCUUCGCUACAUGACGCCUUCUGGGGCCAGCUGUUCUUGAUAUCCAUUGCAGGCUUAUUCGCUACUGCAUUUCUGGUGUACCUCCAUACCUCCACACCAUCUGGGGAUAAGGGAAAAUGGGGUGACACCAUAUACUUUACCCUUCACGGCUCUUAUUUCCUUCUCGGAAUUUAUACCCUCGUAUCAAUUCUCGUGUCUCUCCUUUGGCUCGCUCUGCUGCGCUCCUACGUGCGACUGCUAGUCUAUGUCAUCGUGGUCGCAGUUCCGGUCAUAUUAUACUCAUUUUCCUUGUACCCCUUCAUAUCGAGCUUCAAAGGAGCAUGGCACGGGGCUAGUAUCCAAGACAAAGCAAUGCGGUGGGGCUCACUUGUGCCAUUUCUGCUGGCCAGCGUAUGGAUCUACAACGUCGUCAGAGGCCGACGAUCGUUGGGAAAGGCGAUAGGUAUUCUUGAAUUCGCGUGCCGGAUUCUAGCUGCAAAUCCUGAGUUGCUUCUUCUCGGCCUGGGUGUUUUGGUUUGCGUGGUCUUUUGGACGUGGAGCUGGAUGCUGAUGUUCACACGUGUGUUCCUAGGCGGGCAUCUGGCGGGCCCUCGGUCAUUCAUUAUCGACCUCAGCAGCUGGUGGCUGGGGGUCUACUUCGUGGUGGUUUAUCUCUGGUCAAUGGGCGUCAUCGCGGGGAUUCAACGAGCGGUCACAGCAGCGACAGUGAGCCAGUGGUACUUCCACCGCUUGGCUAGCCCGGCACCCACCUCGAGACAGAUUGUGCAAGCGGCAGUCGUCCAUGCUGGAACGACAUUAUUUGGUACCGUUUGUCUGUCCCGGCUCCUGGGCCUACUGGUCCGGCUUCCUCUUCUUGUGCUACCUGGCCGUCUUUCUUCGCUGCUCAGUCUCUUCGCCUAUUCCUUGAUCCCUACACCCCUCAUGUUCCUCACAAAUCCUCUUGCUCUCACAUAUGCAGCAAUUCAUUCCCAGCCACUCGCUGCCUCUGCGCGUGGGUUAGGUCAAAUGUCUCUUCUCGCCCCGUCCGCGGCGUCGACGUCCCUGCAUCCCCGGUCUUAUUCCCGUGCUCCUGGCUCUGCAUCAUUGCUUUCAUACCGUCUUUCCAAGUUGAUUCUGCAUGCAGUCCGUUUCAUGAUGUCCCUGGCUCUCGGUUUUGGUGGCUGGGUGACCACUGCUCGGGGCCUAGCCACAUCCGCCAGCGGAGGCACCAUCCGGGGCAGUCUGUAUGCGUAUGUGGUUGGUCUCAUUGCAGGUACAAUCGGCUGGAGUGUUCUGGGUGCUGUGGAGGGAGUUAUUGCAGACAUUGUCGAUGCCACUGUCGUCUGCUGGAGUAGCGAGGUGGGCAUUUAUGGCCGCGAAGCCCGAUACUGCCGCGAGGCUGGAUGGCUCUUUGGCGACUCGGAGCCCAGACAUGCAAGAUUUGGCGAGGUCUAG